GACAGCAGCUCGCCGCGUUUCGCACCCACGAUGGCCAAGCCUACGUGGUCGACGCUUACUGCCCUCACCUCGGGGCCAACCUCGGCGCCGGCGGGCGCGUCGUGGGCAAUUGCAUCGAGUGCCCCUUUCAUGGCUGGCUGUUUCGAGGGGAAGACGGAAAAUGCAGCCACAUCCCGUACGCUGCUAAAGUGCCAGAUUUCGCGAGGGUGCGGACCUGGCCGUGCUGCGAGGUGAACGGGAUGCUGCUGCUCUGGUACCACUGCGAAGGGCUCGAUCCGACGUGGGCAGUGCCCGAGCAGCGCGAGAUCGUCACCCGGGAGUGGGUGUUCCGUGGCCAGACAGAGCACCUGGUGGAUGCACACAUCCAGGAAAUCCCCGAGAACGCAGCUGACAUGGCUCACCUGGCUUUUCUCCACGGACCGGCUAUUCUGGGUGGAUCCGACCUGAGAUACACGAGGUCCAAACUGUGGGAUUUUAUGAAGCACACCUGGAAGGCGGAGUGGCAGCCGGAGCCGCCGCCCGAUGAGCAUUGCUCCCGCAUGCUGGUUCAGCACACCGCAACCAUCUUUGGGAAACACUUCUCCUUGUUGGAUUUGACGGUUACAGCCCGCCAGGUGGGGCCAGGGCUGGUUUUCCUGAUCUUCAAACACGCUUUCCUGGGCCAUGGGAUCAUCCUGCAGACGGUGACUCCCCUGGAGCCUCUCCUGCAGAAUGUUGUUCACAAAAUCUACUACCAGAAGAACAUGCCGGCCAUAAUCCCCAAGUUCAUCCUGAGAGCAGAGUGCAUACAGUUUGAGCGUGAUGUAACCAUCUGGAAUAACAAACAGUACCUGCCCAAGCCGCUGCUGGUCAGAGAGGACUCCAGCAUCCAAAAGCACCGGCGCUGGUACGCCCAGUUCUACAGCGAGAAGAGCAAGAGGGUCCCAGCACGGGAGGGUCUGGACUGGUGA